CAAAGAAGAUGAAGACGCGGAUGCAGAACAAGCUUGGACCUGCUGCUGCCUCUGUUCUGCAAGCAUCAACUCAGAUCAAGACAACUCGUACCAGGCGCACCAAGCGUGCACGAAAGCGCAUCAUGCGAGAAGUGGUGAAGAGGAGAAGAGUACCAAGAGUGCAUGAGGGGGAGCCAUGGUUACACAAUCUCCGCCGAUGGCAAGCAUCGCAAAUCGAAGAGGGUGAUGUUCUUUACGAGAUCGACGAGGAGGCAGGGGAGACUCGUGGUCGUGGUGUCUCAGAAGAACUGGAGGACCCCGAGAUGUCAGAAGUAUACUACACUGAAGAAGAGGUCUCGGUGUCAACCGAUGUCACUGACAGUCAAGGAGGCAUCGACGACGAGGAAGAGGAUGCUGAUGAAGGAUUAGACGAUGGCCAACUUCGAGGCGAGAAAGAUCAGAAGAGGGAUGAUGACGACGAUGAGAUGGGUGGCAGUUUUUUCGCGGGUCCUUUGGUGCUCCGGCAUUUUGCGGCAUGUUAAUUUGUAUCGAUUCUCAACUUUUUCUGUGAAAGAUCGCGAGAGUCGCAAUUUGGGUGGCACCUGAACGAAGGUUAGAUAACUAUUGGAGCAAAGCAUUGGCAAUAUCAGGUCAAGAAGGGGGCUAAUAAUGAAGUGUAUAUCGUCAAAGUCCAACUAAAUGGGGAAGUCAUUGGCAUGUGGACGCCAAACGGUGAUAUUGAUUGGAGUGAAGUGCUAGAACGAAAGGCAGCACAGCGUUUUGGAAGGGACGUUGAAAGGGAUGUUGAAGGGUUCACGG